AUGAGAGCCGAAAGCGCGAGCUUCGUGUUUGAACAUGUGUUUCUACCUCCAAAACUGCCCCAAGAGAAGCACAAUGAAUCAGGCGCUGACGAUCUCCUCCAAGAGAUCGCACAAGCUGCUUGCGAUUUCACCCACGCUUUUCCUUUACUCAGUAGUGAGCGCCGCGUCUGGAAGCAGUUGUCACGUUCAACAGGAAAGUGGAUUGAUGUCUACUCCAGAGGCGUUCCAUGCCGCGAGGUCAUCACCACCACGCUUGAAAACAUGCGUCAGGAUGACGUCUUGCUAUUCUACAUUGAGCCCCAAAAUGCCGCGAUCCUAGUCAGAAACAAAGCAAAGGGCGCCAUCUUCGAGUGUUUCGAAGUGCUUGCGAAGACUGAUGCGGUACUUGGUGCGAAAGACGCGCUGAUCCGGCAUUUUCCUGCGCGAGCGGUCUUCCUACCACAAGAGAAACUCGCGAAUACAUCUUUCGUCAAAGACCUUGGAAAAGCCAUCUAUAUGCUGUCUGUCGAAUCAUUGAAGAUGGCUAUGGAAAAAACGAAAAAAGGGAACAACACAGUCGUUGAGGAGCGCCAAUCUGCUCACCCAAGAGCUGUCACUGAAUGGCUUUUCAGUAUCUUGGACAGUUGUGGAAAGGCUGCGGGGAGCUUGCCAAUCUGCAAACGCAUUCAUGACGAUGUCCUCUGGAAAAACGCCCACUUACCCUGGCGCCGCUCCGGCGUUUGGUUGUCUGCGAGAGUCGCACUACAGAUCGCCCUCCACAACGCAGACCUUGAGGGUGAAGGGCAUCGUCACUACAAAAACUUCAUGCUGUUCCACCUGUCUCGUUUAGCAGCCGGCAUUGCUGCCAUCGACCCUCGACCUGACAUUCUCCACGUUCUACGUGUGAAAUUAGCCAGACGAAAUGCCAAAUUGGGGUCGUCUACACUUAAAUUCGUCCAAAACAACGUCGGCAAGACACUGGAGCUCAUUGAUAACAGUAUCCGCAGCCAAUGGGCAAAGGUGGUCGAGAGAGACAGAAUUGCGAUUCCCCCUGUGCCUCGCGAGAAGGCAUCGGAUCAACUGGUGUUGAAGAAGAGUCGCCCUGUAUUGCACAAUAUCUGGCAUCGCUCUCGCAAAGGCUUCACUUAUUCGUUCACCUCAUACACUCCUCCCUCAUCCGCUAGAGUGGUGUUAUCGAAACAUAUUUUGCCGGAAGCUACGAUCUUCACGCAAGCAAAAGACGUCCUUUUUGGUCUUGUCGACUUCGAACUCUGGGUUGAGGAGUGUCUGAGCCAUUGGAUAGCGGUCAACAUGUCAACUCCGUCGGCAUGCUCUUCCCUGUCUGAACUGAUGCAGAAAUAUUUUGCUGUGGCGAAGAAGACGUACCAGUCACAUGCGGAACGAAUGUCGAUUAUGCUUCUUACGAUGUUCGAGUUGUGGGUGGCUUUGGACACCAGUGCGACUAGGAUACAUCCGCUCCUCUUCGAGUAUCCAGUAGAAGUGCCGGUAACCCUCUUUGAACCACUUCUUCUCAGUAGCAGAAGUGAGCUGGACAGACUCUCAAAAAUCGAGCUCCACAUCAGAUCACGACAACUACGGCGCACCGUGAACAGUCCUUCACUCUUCGCCGACCCGUCUCCAAACUCCUUUGCCGUGAGGUUUUAUGACCAGUCUUCUGACCUCCGCGCGCUACGCCGUAGGGUCGAAAAGGAUGCCCAAGAAGCGCGAGACGUCAAGCUCGCCGAAUGGGAGUCGAAGAAGAAGACAUUCGACAGACUCAUGAGAGAAGCUGAAGCCAUGGAAUGUGGUGUCUUCAUCCCUCGGGGGGUGGACAAGCACGGGAAUCCAUACGUUGGCAAGCCUCGGCAUCACAUAAGAUGUUGGAAAUGUGCGAAGGAAAAGCAAGCCAAGGAUAUCCAGAUAUCGAAACACGAGUGGCCACUUCCGGACGACGAGACUAUGUGUAAAGCAGUGAUCUUUGAGCUCGACGCCCCUGGGUCGAUUGUCUCCUGGCGGGAUGCUACAUUUUUCUUGCUUCAAGACGUAUGCAGAACGGGCCAAGUAACCGGAAUGGUGUCAAAGCAAGGAUUACUUUCAUACGCACCUCUCGAGAAGUAUGCCCAGCAGAAAGACCGACGCAUCACUCUCGCAUCCUCCGUCAAGCCUAUUAUUCAAUCACACUACCUUAAGGCGUCAUUGGACGUUGAUCCGGUUUUCGUCAGCAACGGCUUACACCCGAGAAUGAACGAUACCGCGAAGGGGUCUCUGUGGACUGCAGAACAGACCGCGAACACCUCGUUACAGCACUACUGCUAUACAAAGCUCACUGACUCUUCGGACGGCGUCUUCAACGGCUAUGUCAACUUCACCAGUCAUACGCAGAAUCAGGUCAUCUCACAACAGUCAAUGUGCCCUUUAGAGAUGGGCUCUCAUGAAUUUGUGCUUCUGGGAUCUCUAAGAUCUGGAGAAAGACUCCAACUCCUCAACAUUCUGGGAGCGAUUACCUCUGCAGAAAUUGACUUGAACGCACCCUCGACUGCUUUGCUAUUUCGUUACGCCAUCUCUCAAGUCGGUCAAGCGCGGUCCACCUCGCCACUGUAUCUGCGCGAAUCUCAGGUCAUACUUGAGGAAGAACACUUCAAUCGUUCUUUGCUGGAUGCCCUUGAGUGUGCAUUCAAGCGAAUCGAAGCCAAUUUCAAAGAAGCAGCGGCCGCAUCUAUACUGCUUGGAGUGGUUCUCAAGCUUUUAUCCCUGUCGUCAUUUCCCGAGAUUACGAGGCGCUGUAUGAACCUUGUCCUCUUAAUUCGUCAGUCUGGUCUGGGUUGGAUACGCCAGAUGACCAAGCUCUACGCAGACCAGAAAAACGCCCAUGCUGACAGCUCUACUCUCAGAGACCUGUCACGUCAGAUAUUGAAUGCUUGUAUUCUCUGUCGCCGCACGUACGCCGUCGAUACCAAGGCUCAAGUAGCAAUGUUCUCAGACCGUCAUGCUGUGGCCGACUAUGUGGAGGCUUCUGUUCACCUAUACACGCAUCGAAAAUCCAAAACCGACUCAGACGCUUCCAACAACGAAACCCAACUUCUGAACGACGCGUACCUUGCCAGACGAAUUGAGAAACAUCUCCAGUUCGCCCUCCGGGUCAACGAAUCGGCAAUCACAGAUGGCAUCAAGAAAUUUUGGCCAACUGCGAUGUUCACCAACAAGUGGCAGACGGUGCACUCGGAUGACUCUUCAUGGAUCUCAAACCGUACUUCUUCUAAAGUCGUCCACUACAACCUUGUCACAGGUAGCCUUCUUGUUUCGGGCCGGGCGAUUUCCCAGCUUCCUGCUCAGCACACUUCUCACCGUCUCUACCGCUCAAUAUUUGGGGAUGUGGACUUGGACGUUUUCGCCGCUGAUGUUGACGACAUGGAGUAUAUGACCAAGGAUGAAUUUCAUGGUCAUCGAAUUUAUUUCGGCUUGCGUGGUGACGUUCUCCUCAUUCGUUCGAAGAGUAAGGACGGUGACUUUGAGGCAAUCCAGCGCGAUUGCUUUCUAGAAGAUCUUCCGCAGGUUAUCGUGGAGAACACUACCCCUUGGAUGUCUUUGCGAGAUAUGACGGUUGCCUUCCGUUCUAGAGCACGCCCCUUCUGCUCCGAGGAAUCCGACUGGAUCCUCACCAUGGGCCUCAAUUCAGGUUCUCCGACUUCCAUGUGUGCCGGCCAGAAGUAUUUAAUUGAUGCCCAGAGCAAAGUUGGCUUGACUAUCAGCAAAGCUUUGCAACCGAUUGAGCAGCCAUCACAUAUCGUCAUUGUGUCCAGCCAAAACACCAAGAUCGAGAUCGAGAUCGAGCUUCCUCGCUACCAUUUGCACUUUUCUGUCGAUGAAGAAGGUCGAAUGGUGUGCAAAGAGCUUUCCGCCUUUGUUGACUUUGACCAGACGCUGGGAACCCUGCAUGGUUUCAAGUCUCGUCUAAUCCUGCGCGGUACGAGCAAGAUUGCCGGAUCGAACAUGAGGACAGUUCUCAUUCCACACGGCGACAUGAAGAUAGAACCGGUCUCUCCUCAUAUCACUGCCCGAGUUCAACCAGGUGACACUGAUUCUGUGACCUUUUCGUUGUUCCGACUCGAUGUUAGGCUUGGACAGCUGAUCGGUCAAGAUCUGGAAGCACAUCUGUACAAGGCGUAUCUGCAUGCAGUGACAAGCUUUCCAGAAUCUGAUUUCCUGACUGGUAGGACGGGCACCGAAGAGAGCCUGUUCGCUCUAUCGGAUCGCAUCUGCCUUACCUGCCAACCAUUUUCUGAGCGUGCGCAAGCCAUACUAUCUUUGAUAGCUCAGCUUACUCCAAGGAGGAGUUUCUAUCCUCCUCAUCUCAAAACUAUGCAGACUGUCAAUCUCGAUGGCGUCCUCUCAGUCAUGGCUCAACGUGACAUCUUCUUUGGAACGGUCUAUGAUAUUGUAAAUCACAACAAGAAAGCAGAUUGGCUGUAUGAUGCUCAUGUGACUGACAUACCAUACAAGGGAGACUUCGCAUUGUUGGACAGAUCGCAUCACCGAACACGGAAGCUUUUCCCAUGCGAAUCUGUAGCAUCAAGCUCAGGUUCUAUCGACGACCGAGAUUAUUGCUCACGGGAUCAAGAUUCGGAUGACGAUUUUUGGGCGUCAGCUAAUAUGGCAUCUCUUGUCGAAGCCUCACCGCUGGCAUUCAACGUCAGUACAUCCUGGAAGAGUGCGGUCCAAAAUUGGAAAAAGGUGGGUGGAUUCGGCGAAGAAUUCACCCUGAAUUCGUUCUCGGAUAUUUUGGGCCAGGACCUCAAAGUCCUCUUUCCUCGUCUGUUGAGUCUCUGUAGAUCGUCAUCUACCUCGAAAGAGAGACUUAUGUUCAUUCUGUCGCUCUUGGUGUUUGAGCAGCCUGAUAUCAAGGCACACUUGAGAUCGCUCUUUGCAUUUGCGAUUUCGCCUGGCCUCAGAGCCCUCUCAGCUCCCGAACACGAUUCCUAUGACUUGAGAGACGGCUUCACACUCAAUCAGAACGAGAUUGUAAUGCUAAUAUCUCAAUGUCAGAAACCAUUUGUCCCUAGCAAUACCACUGAUACGACAGAAAGCGAUGAAGAUGAAGAUAAGAUUGCAGAACAGCGGCUCCAGUUUGAUCAAGAGCUAAACGCUCAGCGCAACUUGAUAUUAAAAGCUGUCCGAGAAUCCUGGCCGAGUGACACAGUUGAGUUACCGGCGAAGCGGUCGAUCGAUCAUUACAAGAUUUCAGAGCUAAAACUGCUUCUGAAAGGGAGGUUUGCCGUGUGGCACAAGAAUCAUAUUUUCGUGCGACUCCUGGAGCGUUAUGAUCAAGAGCUCAGAACCUUUAGCAGCAACUGGACAGGUCCAGAUAUUGCUAGUUCUGUUGUCGAUUUCGACCUUGCCACCCCUUCUGUCCGCGAAAAUACGCACUUCUCCCUGCUUGAUCUUAUGGUCAUGACGCCAAUCACCUUGCACGACUUCAAGGACAGUAAGCCGACUGGAUUAGACGGAGACCUGUCGCAAACUGUGUGUAGAAAGGCGCCACCCCAAUUUCUGGAAUCUAACCAAGCUCGUUCUAGCUGGGAAGACCUGGAAGACAUCACGGAAGAUUUGCUCGGUGAUUCUUCUCCAGCUGUGCGUGAGUAUGGCCAAUUAUUGAACAACAGCAUCGAGGCUAUGAUUCGCCGAUCGGGUCAAGAUCAGGCCAAGCUGUCGGUGCCUCCUGGCGAGAUUCUUACUCAAAAGCUUGAGGAGUCCAGACAUCACAUCGCCUAUGUUCUUUCCCGAACCUGCGCGCUCCUGCGACCGAGUCUCGUCUCAGGACAGGCUCUCGUCGGGGCAAAAAUCUGGCCUCAGGUGUCUGAGUUAACAUUGCUUCAACUUCUCUCGGCUCAAAAUCGCAACAAUGUUCCUUCUUGCUGGAUGUCUGUCCUUCUCCAGUUUGCGAGGGAAAUUACGGCCGCUCAACGCGUGGAAAGAUUGCAAAAGUUCCUCGCUGCUGGGGAUACAUUCGCCCUCAAUAAUGAGCUUGCAAAUCCUGCACAUUCCAAAUGGUCGCCAGAGGAGCGGCCUGACUGGCUCCUUCUAGAGUGCCAAAAUAACUUUCUCAUUCGACCUGUCCAGAUCCGGGUUGCAAAUGAGUUGCUUGAGCCUGAAAAUGGGACCGUGCUACUGGGCAUGGGCGAAGGAAAGACCAGUGUUAUUUUGAAUCUUGUGGUGACAGCACUUGCGCAAGGCUCGCAUCUAGUUCGGGUUGUGGUGCUAAAACCUCUCGCCCAAGAAAUGCUCCGCAUCCUAUCUCGCUCCCUUGCAGGCUUAGUAGGCAGGGCUCUCUACUAUCUACCCUUCUCGAGGCAGACCGCCUUGAACGCCGAAACACCUCAGCGAUUGAUGAGCCUGUAUCAGGAAUGCCGUCAAAAUGGAGGCGUACUCCUCACUUUACCAGAAUAUCUGAACUCGUUUCGCCUUGUGGGCAUCGACAAGCUAGCACCAGACACCCACUGUCUUGCUGCUGAACUUAUCCGUGUUCAAAAAUGGCUCGACUGCAAUGCUAAAGAUGUCCUUGAUGAGUCUGACGAGCUGUUGAAACCUGCAUACGAGCUUGUUUACACGAACGGAGAAGCAAACCUCCUUUCAGGAGCGCCUGACCGAUGGAAUGUUUCGCUGGAGGUCUUGGAUCUAAUUCAGAAACAUGCUUAUGCACUUGGUGUCCGAUACCCAAAAGGAGUUGAGGUUCAGGUAAUACGAGGCCCAGGCUCUUUCCCUCACGUCAGAGUGCUCAAUCAAGACGGCGCAAUGGCAGUAGCGAAGCUGGUAACCCAAAAAAUUGUCGAUGGGCAGCUUCCAAGUCUUUCUCUCGGUCAUUGCAAUUCAGAAGUGCUUCAAGCCAUCCGCUCAUUCAUAUUCAAUGUCAACGUUGAUGAUGGGCAACUUGAAUUGGUAACCCAGUACUUUGAGAACUCUACUAAGCUUCAUCUGCUCUAUGUGGUCAGAGGACUGGUAUCUCAUCAAAUCCUGGGCCACACACUACACAAGCGUUGGCAGGUGAACUACGGGCUGGAUCGAACUCGAACGCUCAGCGCCGUUCCAUACCGCGCCAAAUCAGUACCCUCUCCGAGCGCCGAAUUUGCACAACCAGAAGCCGCAAUCAUUCUGACCGCCCUUUCGUUCUACUACACGGGUAUCCUUCGCCCAGACUUGAGACGAUGUCUCCUUACUCUCCUCAGAUUGCCAGAUCCUGCCGACGAGUACUGCAAAUGGGUGAAAUACUCUGCGCUCCCCUACAAAUAUCGCAAAGUCAAUUCUAUCAACCUAGAUGACGGCUCUUGUGUUGAUACUCUGUACGAACAUCUACGCUACAACAGCGGGUUGAUCAAUUUCUUCCUGCGACAUGUUGUGUACCCUUCAGAAGCAAAGGAAUUUCGGUACAAACUGUCCACCUCUGCAUGGGACUUGUGCAGAAAUUCUGGGGUUCUGACGGUAGGCUUCAGCGGCACUUGCGACAGCAAAAUACCAAUUGUACAGAAGGAUCUUUCGGACCUGAGACACAUUACGGCUUCUACUCUGUGUACGCUGCUACGAUUUGAAAACCGAAAGUACUUCUGUGCUGCAUCACCGUCUGGUCAGCGCCUCCCAACCGAGGAGCUGCUGCAGCGUAUCACCGCAGAUGGAUCACUCGAUGUAAUCAUCGAUGUCGGAGCUCAAAUGCUGGAGGGCAACUUAGAAAUAGCCCGGUUAUGGCUGCGCCUCAACCCGGAAAAGAUGGCAGCGAUUUUCUUUUCGGAAGAUGAUGAGAAAAUGGUCUUGAACCGUGACGGUUCAACCGAGCCACUUGCGUCGUCAAUCUUUAAGGACGAGCUGAGAAGCUGCCUGAUCUUCCUCGACGAAUUCCAUACUAGAGGGACCGAUUUUCAACUACCCGACAAUUUUACCGCGGCAGUUCUCUUAGGACCUGGAAUUCUCAAGGAUAACCUGGCACAGGCUUGUAUGCGGAUGAGGAAGCUGGCCGUUUCCCAAAGCGUCAGAUUCUACGCUCCACCAGAGGUUGAUCAAGCCAUUCGCAGCGUUGUCAAAGAUCCGUCAGGAGAUCUUGACAGUCUCCAUGUUGUCCGCUGGGCAAUUCAAAAUUCCUGUCUUGCUCUGAAAAAGCAAGAUCCUCUUUACAUAAGUCGAGGGCUGCUACACUCACGCCGGCGGCUUGCCGCAGACCGUCACCUUACUUCUGAGGGUAAGGUUGUGGAUUACGAGCAGUACCUGGACACAGUUCGAGAGCGAGAAUGUCGUCCUGUUACUGAGCUGUACCGCGCCGGCGGAACUCACCGAGCAGACCUCCCGUUCCAACCAACAUUGGCAGAGUCUCAAGAUGCUGUGAUCCAAAGUCUGUGUGCAGACUUCGAAAGAAUUAGUUCUACCGACCUUGAUGACAGCGACAUCACACAAGAACAGGAGCGAGAAGUCUUGCACGAAAUUGAAGAAGAGAGAGAGAUCCAACGUCCUCGAGAAGUUACGCCCGCCACUCCACAGCAUUGUCAAAGUUUAUUGGAUGUUAUUCGGAACGAGACGAGGUGUGCCAACAUUCCUGAGCUUCGUCCAUGCUUCCAAAUCCUUCGACAGACUCGCCUUGGGCUUUACUAUAAGCUAGGGGAGUUUCCGACGCAUGUGUUGGUGACUCCAGACUUCCUGCGAACUAUUCAAGCUCAUGGCAACUCUCCCGAAGAUGAUUUUCUGAGACCGGUACAGUGGAUUGUGAAGAUGGCUGGAAUCAAACAACCUAUCAUUAUCAGCCCGCACGAGGCUAACAUGUUUUUCCAUGCGAUUCGGAAAUCCUCGGGUACUACCUUACAUUUGUAUCAGGCCCGGACCUCACGGGGUAUGGUUUCCUUCGAUGGCUUGGACAUCUGCAAAUUCCCAGCGAACAACGACUCCGGCGAGAUCGAGCCACAAGCCAUUGCGCUGCUUGGCCUCUUUGCAGGUCAACUGUACUUCUCUUCUUUCGACCAUUACAAGGAGUUCUGUACACUCAUUGGUCUCUUUGAUGGAGAACGACCACUCCUUCGCAAGCGGCAGGUGGCAAACGACAACUACGUUUCACCUUCUUGUCGAAAUGCCAACGGCUGGACGGAGUGUGCGUUCAGAACAAGCCCAGUCCCUUGGAUCAAGGGAUUCAUCGAUAUGCGCCGAGCCGGCAUUGAGUGGACUCAUACCCAUAUGGGCAGAAUCAUGAAUGGACAGAUCUUGCGGAGAGAAGAUUUUGAAGAGGAGGUCGAAGACGAAAUGAUGACAAAUGGUAUGGACGAAUUGCGACUUGGUGAGCAGGAGGAGACCGAAGGGUGA